AUGCAUUUCUCAAAACUUCUUGUUAUUGUCUCCGCGACAACAGCUACAGCAGCUGUCCUACCCGAGAACACCAACAGCGGCCUCAGCACAGAGACUGACUUGAAUGUGGCUUCAAUGGUUUGGGACGGGGUUCAUGAACCUACCGUGGCAAACAUCACAAGCAUGGAAGUCAUGAUGAGAUCUGCUCAAGAGACUGCGACCACGCUCGAGCCACGUCAACAAGGUAUAGCCAACGGUAUAAAGGUCACCGUCAAUGCUAUUGCCCACGCAGUGAAGUGGGCAUACGCUGCUGCCACCUGGGAUUCGAAGCGUCAGCGCUUCACACAGGAUGCUACAAACGAGAUGUGGAAAAACAACCCAGACUAUAGAACCUGGGCUGCAGCUAUCUGUUACAACAAAGGCUACCGAGUAAGAGACGGUAAUCGAAUCUCUACCCCCCAAAAGCAGAAGUUGGCGAGUGGAUUGUUCUAUACCGACUAUGAUUGUAUGUUUAUGAUGGCAAAUAAUGCUUUCUGGACCGAUGGCGAUGGAGGAUACGAGAAUCUCGCUUAUGCCUAUGAUGGCAGCCGUUGUUCUUAUGAUGGUAAUACAGGCGAUCUUACUUGUUAA